AAAAGACACGGUAGAAAACAAGAAAUCAGGAUUUUGUUUUUUAAUUUUUUGAGGAUAAUUGGAUAAGUACUAGAACUACAAAAUUAAAAUCUUCGUAUGAUUACGUAAUCUCUGCACCAGAAUCCGAUUCAUCUGACAACAACCUUAAACUCUCCCCUAUUUCUACUUUGAGUUGACAGCCGUGCUUACUAGCUCUAUUCUGAUCUAACCACCGUUUCUUCUCAUUUCCCCUGCAAUUCAGCUCAUCAAUCAACAAUGGCUGAAGCGAAGCUCUUUGAACUCAACAAUGGCACCAUGCAUCUCAAGGUCUCUAACUUCGGUUGCACCAUCACCUCAUUGUCGGUUCCUGAUCGAGUUGGGAAAUUGGCUGAUGUUGUUUUGGGAUUUGACACUCUCGAGCCGUAUUUGAAAGGGGCUGCACCGUACUUUGGCUGCAUUGUUGGCCGAGUGGCGAACAGGAUCAAAGAUGGGAAAUUUACACUCGAUGGUGUUGAAUAUACUUUGCCUGUAAACAAGCCUCCGAACAGCCUCCAUGGUGGCCACAAGGGCUAUGACAAGGUUAUCUGGGAAGUUGUUGAACAAAAGCAAGGUGAUACUCCAUCUAUUACAUUCAAGUACAACAGCCAUGAUGGAGAGGAAGGUUAUCCUGGAGAUCUAAUUGUCACUGCUACUUACACUCUCACCUCUGCAACAACACUAAGGCUUGAUAUGGAAGCUGUGCCUGUAAAUAAACCAACCCCAGUCAGUUUGGCUCAGCAUACUUACUGGAACUUAGGAGGCCAUGAUUCGGGAAAUGUACUUGAUCAUUCUAUCCAGAUAUGGGCAAAGCAUGUCACGCCGGUGGACCAAAACACAAUCCCAACAGGAGAAAUCAUGCCUGUCAAAGACACUGCAUUUGACUUCACAACCGAGCAGAAGAUUGGCAGUCGCAUCAAUGUGGUUGGAAUAGGCUAUGAUCACAACUAUGUGCUUGAUUGUGGGGACGAAAAGCUGGGGUUGAAGCAUGCAGUGAAAUUGAAGGAUCCUCGCAGCUCACGUGUUCUAAACCUAUGGACAAAUGCGCCUGGCAUGCAGUUUUAUACUGCAAACUACGUAAAUGGAGUCGUGGGUAAAGGAGGGGCAGUGUAUGAAAAACAUUCAGGUGCUUGCCUGGAAACUCAAGGAUUCCCGAAUGCCAUCAAUCAACCAAACUUCCCUUCUGUUGUGGUUCGACCUGGAGAGAAAUAUGAGCACAGCAUGCUGUUUGAGUUUUCAGUAGAGUAAAGAAAUAGUUGUUGGUACAUGAAUAAGUGCAGAAAAUAAAGUGAUGAUACUUGAUUUGCUUAGAAAUCUUCUUCUUUUUUCUUUUCUGUUUCCUUUGUAACCUGGAUCAAACUUCUUAGAUCAACAAGAUCAAAUCUCAACAUUUGUUCUUAGUUCUUCUGUUUCUUAGAUCGACAAUAGUUUCAAAUGCUCUCCAAAAUCAGGGAAGCUAGGACUUAAUCAAAAUGAUUUGCAUCCGCAUUCCUUCCUAAUCGAAGCG